AUGGACUCAGAGCACUGUCCGCUUGCCCCGAGUCUCAUUCAGUUCGGACUCAGCAGUGCGAAUCGGCUUCCGUCACUUACACCAGAGAGUCGUCCUGUGUGGAUUGGCAAAUUGGAGGCUGCAAACUCUCCCAGAAACAAACACGACGAAAAACAAGGAACCACUGAUAUUCACCAGGAAACAAGUCUUGAGCAACGCCGCAAGUACCAAUGUGGCCUGAAUUUAAAGUCCUUGCAACAAGGCAUUCGGUCUGGACUUGACCCCGGCGCGGCGGAAACACGGCGCCCCAUCUCGCUGCCUUGA